AUGUUGCACGCCGUAUCGUACUUGUUACUGGAUUUGGCGGCUUUGAAUGGUCUGAUGCAUGUCGUGGAGUUCCUGCAUGUUGUGAUGGGCCACUACCGGCCGCUGGCAAUGGCCAUCCCGAGGUCGUCCAAUGGCAACAAACCCAUCGGACCAAAUGUUGCUCGGGCCAUGGACGGCAACACCCUGAUUGCGUAG